CUUUUUGAUAAGUUGUCAUCAAUUUUGUUUUUUUUUUUUUUUUUUUUUAAUUUUUACAUUAUUUUCCAACGCUUUCUCUCUCUAUCUCUUUAAUAAUUAUCAACUACAUUUUCUUUCUCUAACCCUACAUACACAUUUGUACUACCCAAUAAUGUAUUUUAAGGAAUCUUUUAAGUUUAUUAAUUCCCAUAAAAAAUAGAAAAUGGACAUAUAGAUAAGGGACGGAGGGAUUAGUACUAGUCUACUUCUACUACUACAACUUCAACCUCAUGCCCUCUUCAUGCCUUACUAGUGUUACUACUCACAAAUAUUUAACAAGUAACAAUUGUCUUACUUUCGCUCUCGUUAAUUAAAACUUCUUGUGUACUGUUCUAUCUAAAAGAAAUAUACGAAGUAUAAAAAGUAUUUCGCUCUCGUAAAUUAGGUGGUGGCCGGUGGACUAGUAAUGGCGGAUGAUGCGGCGUUACGGCGGUGUUUGAUGUGGUUAGCGGUGGUGGUUAUGGUAGUGGGAUUUUACACACAUUCAUUUAAGAAAAUGAUGGUAACGUAUUUCAUGGGACUUGGUGGUAUUGCUGGUAUACUCUUGCCUGAUUGGGAGUUCUUUGAUAGAGAGAUCUCUAAGUGGACUCAACCUGUUUGUGUUGAUGAUAUUAACCGCUCUGAUGUUCUUAGGCCUGGAUCCUCAAGGUUUCGCUUCUAUCCGGUCAGAACAGUAAUAUACGUUGUAGUUUACAGCUUCGGGUUGUACAAGUGGUGGACGUUUGUAAGGCAAUGAGCUAUAUUAUAAUGAUAUCUUACACUACAUCAAAUUUACAUUGUCAAUUAGUUGAUGAUAAAUAUCAGUUCAACAUGCAGAUUGCAAUGAACUUUGUAGUGUAAGAAUGUAAAGAAUCAUUUCAGUUUAUCACUAAUAGAUAUUUGGCAGAGGGAUUAUGUAUUU